AUGUCGGUGACUAAUACUGCUUCCUUUAAUGAUACAUUCAAAGUCUCAGACAACGUAGCGGUUGUUAUCCCAGAUAGCAACAUCGAGGUUACUUACCGUGAAUUGGCCAAUAUGGUUGGUCAUUUUCAAAAUAUGUUCAACAAUAUGGACUCACCUCUAUACGGUAAAGUCAUUAGACAAUCAACGGUAGCAAUUUCUAUGCCAAAUUGUUUGGAAUUUGUUGUUGCUUUCUUAGGGGCCACUAUGGAUGCUAAGAUUGGUGCACCAUUGAAUCCUAACUAUAAAGAAAAAGAAUUUGAUUUUUAUUUAAACGAUUUACAAUCACAAGUUAUUUGUGUUCCAAAGGGUACAGUGAAAAUGGCACCAAAGUCAGAAAUAUUGAAAUCUGCUAAGAAAUUCAAUUCUUAUAUUGCUGAAUUAUACUUCAAUGAAGCUAGAUUUAGAAUUGAAUAUGAUAUUUAUGAACCAAAGGAUGGCUACAACAAGAAGGUAUACUCUUCGUUAGAUGGCGCCAAAUAUUUACUUGGUCCAAAUGUGACUAAAUUCCCAGGUUUUGCUCGUUCCAGUGAUAUUGCAAUGAUUUUACAUACAAGUGGUACAACUUCUACUCCAAAGACUGUUCCAUUAUUACAUUUGAAUAUCGUUAGAAGUACUUUGAAUAUCUCUAAUACUUAUAAAUUAUCUCCAUCGGAUAGAUCUUACAUUGUGAUGCCUUUGUUCCAUGUUCAUGGUCUAAUUGGUGUCCUAUUGUCAACAUUCCGUACUCAGGGAUCCGUAGUGAUCCCUCCAAGAUUCUCUCCUAAGAGAUUCUGGAAAGAUUUUGUGAAUCAUCGUUGUAACUGGUUUAGUUGUGUCCCUACAAUCAGUAUGAUCAUGUUAAAUGUUCCUAGACCACAACCAAUGCCUCAAAUUAGAUUUAUUAGAUCUUGUUCUUCUGCUUUAGCACCAGCUACUUUCCACAAGUUAGAGUCAGAAUUCAAUGCACCUGUUUUAGAGGCGUAUGCUAUGACUGAAGCUGCACAUCAAAUGACUUCAAAUAAUCUUCCACCAGGAAAGAGAAUACCAGGUACUGUGGGACAACCUCAAGGUGUGGAACUCGUUAUCUUAGACGAUGAAGAUAAUGUAUUACCACAAGGUGAUAUUGGUGAAGUUUCAAUUAGAGGUGAAAAUGUCACACCAGGUUACAGAAACAAUGACAAAGCAAAUCGUGAAAAUUUUACAAGAUUAAAGAACUAUUUCAGAACUGGUGAUCAAGGUUAUAUCAAUCCUGAAGGAUUUUUGGUCCUUACUGGUAGAAUUAAAGAACUGAUUAACAGAGGUGGUGAAAAGAUCUCUCCAAUUGAACUUGAUAGUAUCAUGCUUUCAAAUCCAAAGAUUGAUGAAGCUGUAUCAUUUGGUGUACCUGAUGAAAUGUACGGUCAAGUUGUUCAGGCCGGUAUUGUCUUAAGACAAGGCCAAACAAUGUCAUAUGAAGAACUUGUUAAAUUUUUGAGCGAUAAAGUUGCAAAGUUUAAGAUCCCAGUGAAGGUUUAUUUUGUUGAAAAGUUACCAAAAACUGCAACAGGGAAGAUUCAAAGACGUAUUAUUGCUGAAACAUUCACUCGCUCUUCAGAAAAGAAGAGCAAAUUGUAA